AAUGGUUACAGUUGGUUCCGCCCUCAGUUUUGUAAAAGUAACCAACCCAGCAAUGCCACCCAGACACUCACUCAUCUCUAUCUUCUCUUUUCUGCAAAUAUAAAAAGGCCACACAAACCCCAACAAAGAGGCAGAGAGAAGAGUGAAAGAAAGGGGUGGGGGUGGCUGCUGCAGAAGCAUUCUCAUAGCUUUGGCAGCGGCAAACUAAAUAAAAUGGCCCACUCUCUCUCACAAGCCAAACGUGUUGGUCUCCUUGUUGCUCAAUCUAUCUCCCCAAUCUCUCUUCAUCGACGAGGAUAUGCUGCCGCGUCUGAUGUCUCGCUGAGAGUUGGAUUGGGAAAUAUUGCGCGUAGGAGUGGAAUGGAGGAGAAGCCCGUAGCAAGAGAUCGAUCAGAGGCCUACUCGGCUUGGGCUCCAGAUCCAGUAACGGGCUUCUACAGGCCCAUCAAUCACACCCCUGAAAUUGACCCCGUGGAGCUUCGUCAGAUGCUCCUCAAGCACCCCCCUAGGGCCCAGAGGAGUUUAUAGCUACCUUCAGAUGCCUAUAUUUCGCUUUCGUUUGGGUUUGUUAGGGUAGCCUUUUGUUCAAGUUUUUAUUAAGCCCAAAAUAUAUGCGAGGACUAGGUUCUGUUUCUUAUGGGUUCAGUGUAUUGCAGUGCGCCUUUGUUUCAAUCUAUCUAGACUAAUAUAACGUACGUAGUGAAAAUUUUAAUUUUGUUGCUUCUUCUUGUUUUUCACUCUACAAUUUUAUUCUUUAAAUAAAAGGGUAUUCAUCCUUUUCUUUUGUGGUAUAAAAAUAAAAUAAUAAGUUUUAAUUUCACCCAGAAAAACAAAAACUUUGUACAACACAUUCAAAAGUACGCAAUACAAUUUGAAAAUUUUAAAAUACACGUGUCAUGGGGGUAGGAUCUGGUCAACUGGAUAAGAAUGGAAAUAAUUAUUUUAUUUAUUUCAAUAUGAGAGAUUUAAGGAUGAAUGCGUCCUCCUAGUCCAGUCCCGUGUAAAUUUAUAGAAGCAGUGCAUUAAUGAUAGAUUAACUAUAUCCAGGUCAUGGAUACUGAGGAUUGUCUUGUCGAUUGGGUUUAAGAAAAUCGUGAAAAGAAUGAU